UCUCAAUAUGGUGUGCGUUUUGGUUCUGAUAUUAAUGGCAAGUUUAACUGCAAAUUCCUUAUUUUUCAAUGGUGGUGGUGGAUGUGGAUGUCGGCCUCAACAGUGUGGAUGCGCCGCAGCUUCUUUACCAGUACGGAGCUAUUGUCCGCCUUCUCCGUGUGGUCGCCAGUUUCAGUCGUUCCCAUCUUAUACUCAACCCUACAGUCCAGUGUCCUUCCGACCUCCACCUCCGACCAUAAUCCAGCAGCAGCCCUAUUAUUCAGUACCUCAUCCGAUUCCUAUUCAAACACAACAAUUUCAUAAUUCCUAUCAGCAGACUCCGGUUUUUACAAGCAGCUACAAUGCUCCUCCAUUUGCUUCUUCGUCUUCCUAUUCGAAUGCUCCAAAUUCCUUCCAGAAUGCACCGAUUCAAGUGGCUUCUGCAAAAGAAACUUCUGCUGACACCUUUGACACGUUAAUCCAAAAAAGCAAGCCAGAAACAACGGAUAUGAAGAAUGAUCUCGAUGUGGAUAACGCUCUAUCAAACUUUGAAACUUCAUUGCAAGCCUAUAAAUCGAUGAAUCGAAAUGGUAUACGAAGGGCUCAGGCAGCGAAAACUGAGAAGGCAGGGAAAUGCUCUAGUGAAAGGCUUCAACAAAUUAUGGAAGAGGCAAUGUCGUCCAACGUGUCAGUCUCAAAGCUGAAAAUUUCGAGAGGAGCCAAAAAAGAGUUUGGCUACAAUUUCGAUGUGAUCUGCAGCCAAUUCGAUUUUUCCUAUCUCAUUUCUUCCAAUAUUUUCUGUCGAGUGGAGUUGGACGGCCAGAUUUGCUUGGCAUAUGAAAAUUGAAGAGACUAAUUGCAUACUUUUUUUUGUAUAUUUUGUAAAAUUUUGAAAUGAAUU